AGCGCCGAUUGGUCAUGUGAUUUUUCGAGGCAAUUUUUAAACAAGCAUUGAGAGGAACAGGUAUAUUGUUCAUUGUUUACUUGUCUUCCAACCAACAAUUCCAUGCAGAUGCUUUGUUGAAAUCAUGAAACCACAGAGAGGGAAAAACUCCAAAAAGAAAGGUGAAGUGGAACCAGUGGAGGUGUACUGCCGUGUCCGUCCACUAGACAAUCCAGAUGACAACUGUUGUGUAAAACCGCUCGGCACCACUCUUGUCCAACUUAUACCACCAGAGAAUUCUUUAGCAGUGGCAAGAAAUGGACAAAUCAAAGAGUACCAGUUCACAUUCCAAUAUGUCUUUGAUGAAUACAUGUCUCAGAAGGCAGUGUUUGACUAUGUGGCUUGUCCCCUGGUAGAUGACCUUAUCAAGGGCAAAAAUGGACUCCUCUUCACUUAUGGAAUCACCUCCUCUGGCAAGACAUACACCAUGACAGGGUCCCCCAAAGACCAGGGCAUCCUGCCUCGCUGUCUGGACGUCCUGUUUAACAGUAUCAGUGGGGUCCAGGCCAAGAAAUAUGUCUUCAAAUCGGACAAAAUGAAUAGUUUUGAGGUACAAUCUGAGGCAGAUGCCAUGAUGGAACGACAGAAGAGGGACAUAUUGCCAGGAAUCACAACUCCCAAAACACCCACCACCAACAGAAGGGGUAACUUUGGAGACCAGGAGAGGAUCAGCGACCCCACCAUUCUGUCCAGUGUGGACGAUGACAAUCAAUAUGCAGUAUUUGUCUCCUACAUAGAAAUAUACAACAAUUAUGUCUAUGACUUGUUAGAGGAACUGCCCUACGACCCGAUCACAGGUUACAAGCCCCCCCAGACAAAGAUCCUGCGGACAGACUCCAGUGACUGUAUGUAUGUGAUGAACUGUGUGGAGGUAGAGAUCACCAGUCCUGAGGAGGCGUUUGAAAUUCUCUUCAAAGGUCAGAGAAGACGUAAGGUGGCCCACACAGCAUUGAAUGCGGAGUCCAGUCGCAGCCAUAGUAUCUUCAACAUCCGCCUGGUGCAGGCCCCGCUAGAUCCCCGGGGGGAGGAGGUUCUACAGGACACAGACAAGAUUUGUGUGAGUCAGCUGUCUUUGGUGGACUUGGCAGGUAGUGAGAGAACUCACCGAACAAAGAAUGCUGGGGACAGACUCAAAGAAGCUGGAAAUAUCAACCAGUCUUUGAUGGCCUUGAGGAACUGCAUUGAGAUUCUCCGUGAGAACCAGAAAAACAACUCCAAUAGGAUGGUUCCAUACAGGGAUUCUAAAUUGACACAUCUGUUUAAGAACUACUUUGAUGGAGAGGGAAAAGUUCGAAUGAUUGUGUGCGUCAACCCAAAAGGAGAGGAGUUCGAUGAGACUAUACAUGUGAUGAAAUUUGCUGAGUUAUCACAGGAAGUACUUAUUGCUAGGCAACAGCAAGUGAGGUUUGAUAUUGGAUUAACCCCAGGUCGACGAAAGAUGAACCAAAACUACAAGGAAAAAUUCAAAUCAGAAGAUGACUUGUAUCCUGCUGCAAAAGUUUCCAACUUUGACUUCUCUCUGGGGCCUGGGUUCCCUCCGUUUGAAUUGAUGCGGUCUAGUGACGACAUUGUUCUACCUCAGUUAGAGAAGUUUUUGGAAGAUCGCCAAAAGCGUAGAGAAGUCUUACAGAUGGAGCUGGACAAACAGAAUGACGAGUUCCGUGCCCAGCUUGUGGAAUUUGAGAGGAACUAUGAACAGGCAUUGAUCCAGAAUGAGGAAUUCCAGCAGCGUGUGGAGAAAUCCGACUCUUAUGUCCAAAAGCUGGAAUCCCGGAUCCGCUCCCUGGAACGUCGCAUGGAAGAGAACUUGCGACAGACCAAAGAGUCAGAACGACAACGGAGGGAACUAGAGGCUGUGCUACAAGAUAAGGAUGUGAAAAUUCGUCAGGAAAAGUCCGAAAAAGAAAGAUUGAAGAAUGAUUUCCGAGCUCGACUAGACAUGAACAACCAGCACUGGGAGAAAAACUUGGUAAAAGAGAGGCAGAAAAUUGAACAAGAUUUCGGGGGCCAGAUUUGGGAGAAACAACAUAAGCUGAACAUGCUUAGAAACAUUGUGAAUGAGGCAGACAGUGAUUCUCCCAUGCCGGCCCCGCGGGAGAGUUUCAGAACACCUGCACCGAAGACUAGGACUUACACCACCCCUGGGAAAAUGGUGUCUGCCCAUUCAGAAAAUGACAUGAGGAGAGUAGGAAACAAUCCCACGCCACGGUCAAGGACUGUCACUACAGGGGCUACACUUAGCGCCGCCAGGGCAAACCUCCGACCCACCACCAGAUCUACCUCCAACACCCCUAAGCCAACACCAGCAUACAACCAUCGACACAGGAGGUCAAGGUCAUCCAAUGCUGAAAUCUGGUUAGACCAUCGCCCCCAAGGAAGUGUGGAACUAGAUACAGUACUUCAGCCUAAAAUGAAGAAGAAGAAAUCAGUGUCCAAACUGGAGGUGAAGGACACCAAAGAGGUGUCCAAGUACAUGCUGACCCACCAGGACAUGGACUCCGAAGAUAACCUGACCACCAAAUUAUACAAGGGGGACUGCCACCCCACGGCUGGCGGAGGCACUGCAGUGGUGUUCAAUGAUGUGGAGACCCUGAAACAAACAUCCCCAGGCAGCAGGAAACGCCGGAGUUCAUGUCCCCAACCUCAGGAUUUUGAGGGAGAUUGGACUGAUGUGGAGGAUCGUUGUAAUGUAGCCAUCGAAGGCCACGGCAAUGUCAGAAAAAGAAGCAAACAGACCGGUGCUACUAGAGUGUAGAUUGUGGGCCAACUUCUAGCGUGUGUGUAAUGAGCCGACUUCUAUAGUGUAUGUAAUGGGUGUAAUGGGCCAAUUUCUAGAGUGUACAUAUUUGACUGACUUGUAGGGUGUACAUAUGGACUAGGAGAUGAAAAUAUUGACAUUCUAGUCACAAAAUGAGUGAGAUAGAAACUUAUACAGACAUUGACUAGAGUUACCUCUCUUAGUGUGAGAGCUUGUAGAGAUGUGUGGUGCCUAUCCCUUCUCCUAGAGACUGCUUUGUAUACUGGUAAAUAUAAUACACGAUUAGUCUCUACACAUAGUCUACUUGGUUUUGAAUGAUUUCAUUGUGAUAUCAAUAGGGUCAUGUUGCUUUGAAUUAUUCUUUUAUUAUUGAUGAUGUAUAUAUUUUAUUAGUUAUUUUAGAUGAAACAUAAAAUAAAACAAGGUACAUUUUUUUAAUUGAAAUUGUGCAUAUUCUGUGUAUAACUGUAAAUAUUAUGUCGAUGUCAUGCUGUUUAUUCUCCACAAGUCCUAUCUUUAUGUUUUCUUCACAAGUCUUUAUUGCAUGUAUAUGCCUCCUUCAUGAUUCCCAUUUCUAUAUUUCCAUCAGUUGCCAUAACAGAAUUAUUUUUCCUAGACAACAAUUUUCAGUGAUCAGUAUACAUCUAUAUGGGUAGUCCGUAUAUUAAGACAAUAUUAUGGUGCUCUCUUUACAGCAAACAACUGCCAACUUUCUCAUUUGAAAUAAUUAGUUUUUAGCAUCUGUAGUUUUGUACUGUGAUUUUGUCCCCAUUCUCUACUGGUCGUCAUUUUAGUCUUCUUUUUUUCUGUCAGUCUCUUGUGUUUAUUAGAUUACAAAUCUCUGUUUUAUCUGUACUGAAAUUUUUAUAUUGUAUUUAUGGAUACACAAAAUAAAACAUGUAAGAUAUUA